CGACAGUUCUAGGUGACUGUCUGGGUCACUGUGCUGCCGGGCCGUGAGGCCACUUUGUGCGCCUGUGCCUGAGGAAGAUGGAGUUGGGCCUGGCGUGUGCAGAGGGGUCUCGUCGAGUCUCUGCUUGUGCCCCAUAUUCCCAAUGUCCCAGGUAUUGCAUUCCUGCUGAGGAGGAGAACAAGCUGGAGGACGUGGUGCACACCCUGCUGCAAGCCAACGGCACCCCAGGGCUGCAGAUGCUGGAGAGCAAUGUCAUGAUCUCCCCGGAGGUGCUGUGCAGAGAGGGGAUCAAGGUGCACAGGACCGUGCAGCAGAGCGGCCAGUUCGUCGUCUGCUUCCCGGGAUCCUUUGUGUCCAAAGUGUGUUGUGGCUACAGCGUCUCUGAAACUGUGCACUUUGCUACCACCCAGUGGACAAGUAUGGGCUUUGAGACUGCCAAGGAGAUGAAGCGUCGCCAUAUAGCUAAGCCAUUCUCCAUGGAGAAGUUACUCUACCAGAUUGCACAAGCAGAAGCAAAAAAGGAAAAUGGGCCCACUCUCAGUACCAUCUCAGCCCUUCUGGAUGAGCUCAGGGACACGGAGCUGCGGCAGCGCAGGCAGCUGUUCGAGGCUGGCCUCCACUCCUCGGCACGCUAUGGCAGCCACGACAGCAGCAGCGCCAUGCCGGAUGCGAAGAAAAAGCCUCGAAAGUGGCUGCAGCUGGAGACCUCAGAGAGGAGGUGUCAGAUCUGCCAGCACCUGUGCUACCUGUCCAUGGUGGUUCAGGAGAAUGAAAACGUCGUGUUCUGCCUGGAGUGUGCCCUGCGCCACGUGGAGAAACAGAAGUCCUGCCGAGGGCUGAAGCUCAUGUACCGCUAUGACGAGGAACAAAUUAUCAGUCUGGUCAAUCAGAUCUGUGGCAAAGUAGCUGGUAAAAACGGCAGCAUUGAGAACUGUCUCAGUAAACCUACACCAAAAAGAGGCCCCCGCAAGAGAGCGACGGUGGACGUGCCGCCCUCCCGGCUAUCAUCCUCCAGUUCAUCCAAAAGUGCUUCGAGCUCAUCAUGAAGAUGCCAACACCCAUGGUCGAUUUAUAUAUAUUUUUUUGUAAUUAUAUUCUAGUUUGGAGUACAUGCUGUAGGAUACAAGCUGUCUUUGCACUAGCUCUAAAGAAGAUUUUCUUCUGGUUUUAGAGAACUAAUUUUGUUUUAGCAUUAAACUGUUGAACUUUUUUUUGUACUUAGAAUACCUAGAUACUGCAGUCAGAUUUUUGAAACUGCCGUAUAUUCACUGUUUUAAAAACCCUUGAGGGGCGUAUUAAUUUGUAUUGCCCCCAUGGCUGACGAAAGCCUUUUUGUUUUGUUUUUUGUUUUUGUAACUGUUGGGGAAAAAAGGCUUUUUAACCCAUUUUUGAAGAGGGUGAAGUUUGGAGAACAAAUUUUAAAACCAUCAGUCAUGUGAGCAGAUUUUUCUAGAUCGGAAAAGGGAUAGGAGACACAGAAAAAAACUUGAAAAGAAAUGGCUUUACUUUGGCUGUCUUUUCUUCUGUCAUGUGCAAGAUGAGUUUGUAAUUUUAAAACCGGAGAGCCCCCGUUUUGUUUCUUUGGGCGGUUAUGGCAGCUGAAGGUGGACGGUGUUUCCUGACCACAGGCAACAUGCGGAGGUUGGAGUGACUAGGUUCUCUCUACCAGCACAUCACUAUGCACCUGUCGAAGGGGAAGGAAGAGCGAGAGGAAGGAGGAAAGACUGCCUGCCUUGGAGGGGUCACGUGGGGAGACCUGUGCCUGAUUUCAUUAGGAAAUCAUUCUGUUAUUUUUUGGUGCUGUUGGCUACUUUAUCAAAAAAACCCUUCAAUAGCAUCCUUAAGGAAAAAAAAAAAAAAAAAGGAAAAAAGGGAUUGAUUGAAGCCACAAAGGCUUCUUGGUCAUCGACGUGCAAUCUUUCUACAUUCCGUCUUCAUCUCACUGCUUCUGUCUCACACCUUCACACGUCAGCAUUAAUCGUUCUGUGCGUCUGUUUCGUUACGAUCACAUUCAGAGCCACUAGGAGGUCUGCAGUUCUUUUUGAAUGUGAAGAUGCAUUUGCGCUCAUCUUGUCUAUUUUUUCUCUUCAUGUUGUAACAAAAAGAAAAAAAAGAAAAAAAAGAAUCCCAUCCCUUUUGUACAUACGCCUGUAAAUUGUUUUAAAUACUUGAGCCUUUUUCUCGGUGGGGGGUGGGGAGGGGUGAGGAGACAAGAUGAAGAAAAGCCUUACAUUUCAGUUUCUUCAUCGGUUGGAUUGGAUGCUUACAGGGUUUUUCUUGUAACAUUUAUAAGUGCUGCUUACAUCACUGAACAACAACAACAAAAUAAUAAUGGAGUAGCUGUUGCCCUUCUCCGGUUGUGUGUACAGUAUGUGUGGAAUAAAAAAGGGAAACUGUUUUCACAAGCUGUUCUUUGUUUCAUAAUUGGACUCACCAAUCCCGUAGCUACCCAUAUUGCACUGAGCUUGCCAGUGGUGACUGCCAGGAACGUCCUAUGAUCCACUUUGUUGGUUGUUGUUGCAGAAGACUGAACUGUUUUGGAAUAUUUAACAAUUACAUAAACAGAGUCAAGUGUUUUUUCCAAUGUGGUUGUCUGGUUUUUAUGGCCUUGCUGUGUACUUUUCCCUCUUUUUGACAGUAAACUUCUGCCUAUGGCUUACAGUUUGACAUUUAAUUUAUUAGCGCUGCUCUGCACCCCUCCCUGGGGAGGGACGACUUCAUGUGGUUUAUUGCCAGUUUUUUGUUUACUUUUCAGGUUUGUACUACAAGGUUUAAUAAUAAAAACAAAGUUUUUUGGA